AUGGCGUUGUGGCUGGAGUUCAAGGCUCCUUCUUUGUUACAUGCUUUGAAUUCUGUUAUGCCAUUUACACAUGAUACAACUCUUAUUUGCUCAGCCAGUGGGUUGUCCUUGUACGCCGUCGGCGCCGCUCUCGCGGGGAGUGCUGUUAUCAGAUGUACUGGUUUUGACCCGGUUGGAGCGACGAGUGGCGCGUCACGUCCGAUGACAACCGCGCCACCGUCUCAAUCGAUGUCGACCGUGGGACCAUCGGAUUCAAGAUUGAUAACCCUGCCAAACCAGGCAUAUAUCGAUUACCGUUGCGAGAUUGCUUACGUUGAAGUUGACGAGUAUCCCGCUCUUGAUGAGGAAGCAAUAGCGGAAUUCGAUUAUCAUGCAGUUGUAACCAUGUCUUUAGUUGACUUUUUUGGUUCCGAUACUCAUCUUACUCCGUCGGAUGGUUUUAGUGUCAAGACUGCCAUCAGUUCCUUUAAGCAACCAGUGGCCUUGACUUAUGAUCUUCAACUUUUAUACUACGUUGUUUUUCCUAGUGUCUAUCACUCGGAACAAGUAACCAUCCGUCUUCUUCCUAAGUCUCAUUAUCAUUCUCAAGAUUUAAGGAUGUUCCAUCUUGUAAUGGAGGUUGACAUUAUAGAUGAUGUUAAAGUUAAUCUCUUUGUGGCGGUGCUUGAUGAUGAAACAUCCUCCGAGGUGAAGGACGAAGCAGCAAAGAAAGACAAGUCAAAGGAGAAGACGUGGCUUGAUCGUGCAAGGGAGAAGGCAAGGCUUGAUGAUGAAGAUCAUGAGGCAAAGAAGAAGAAGAAAAAGAAAGAGACAACGGGGCUUAACAUAACAAAUGGUCAUCUGGCGGGGCUUGAUGGUGAAACAUCCAAGGUGAAGGCGAAUCUUGAUGACAAAACAGCAAAGGAGAAGACAAGGCUUGAUGAUGAAGAUCAUGAGGCAAAGAAGAAGAAGAAGAAGAAAAAGACGACGGGGCUUGACAUUACAGAUGGUCAUCUGACGGGGCUUGAUGGUGAAACAUCCAAGGUGAAGACGAAUCUUGAUGAAAAAGCAGCAAAGAAAGAGAAGUCCAAGGAGAAGAUGGCGCUGCAUAAAUCAUAUAACAAGUCUGCCCCUAAAGUUGAUGCUGCUGCUCCUGUUUCAGUAACCCCCUCUAAGCCAUUGACAAAAGCUGAGGAGUUGCUCGAGAAGGAAGUGAAUGUGAAAAGCACAAGAAAGGUGUUGUUGUGGAGGUCGUUGUCAAGAAGAAGGCUGAAGCAAAGAUGA